AUGGGUUCGAGCUCGUCUAAGCCUGAGGCGAGCCAAUCCUCACAUGUCUGGAAGGCAUCCUCGCCUAUAGGAAUCUCUCACGAUGUCGUCGAAACCCUCCAGUCGAGUAGCGAAACCGAUACCACGCGCGCGCAGACCCUAGAGCUAGCCGUCCAAGCGCGCGUAGCCUCGGAACUCAAGAAGCUCGAGGCGCAGGAGACAGCGGCCCUCAAAGCGGCGCAAGACAAGAUCGCGGAGCUCGCGGACAGCGGGGCCAGCGAGGACGACAAGCAGCUCAACCGGCAGGCCGUGUCAAAAGAAGUCGAGGCGCUACGGGCGCGCCUAGACAAGCGCAAGCAGCUGCGCCCGCUGCCGGAUACCGUAGAGCAGGCCCGCGGCAACGUCGUGCGCUGCCUGCUCGAGAACGACCGCCGUCCGCUGGAUUGCUGGCGCGAAGUAGAGGCUUUUAAGGAGGAGGUCCGGAGGCUGGAGAAGGGGUGGGUAGAUAAGGUCGUUUCAUAA